UCACUCUCACUCUUACAGGCUGUCAUAGUUAUAGUGGCAGUGGUUUGUUUCCAUCACUUAUAGGUUAUGCUGUUAACACUGAGAAUUGGAAUUUAAAAUUUUACUGAUAUGUUUAGUUGUUAGCCAUAAAUUCAAACACUGAUAAUUAUUAAAAAAAUUUGCAAUGUCACUAGUAGUGGGUGGAGACAGAAGCAUACUCCAAAACAAUACCAAAGUAUCAAGCUACAACCCUCGUUCAGUGGAAGUACAAAGACAUGUGUCGGACUUUGCCGUACAAAGCUCUCCUCUCCGGGGUAGAAAAGCAAAACGAAUCAGGUUCCUGUGCAACGGGGAUAAAUUCUACAAGGGAGUAGUGAUGGCAGUGACACCUGAGCGGUACCGAUCGUUCGACAGUCUUCUCACUGAUCUCACCCGCGCUCUGUCGGACAACGUGAACCUGCCCAGCGGAGUCAGGAUGUUGUUCACCAUGGACGGGCGAAAGAUAUCGCAGCUGGAAGAACUGGAGGACGGGAAGUUAUAUGUGUGCUCAGGUACCGGUGAGACGUUCAAACGUGUCGAGUACUCUGUGUCCUCGUCCAGCAUAACCAAAGUGAAACCUUCAAGAUCUCUAACUAGACUCUCGCCGUGUUUAAACAGUGCGAGGUCUACGAACAAUGUUAUCCGUCCUAGAAUAAUUGUAGUUGUUAGAAACGGAACGAGGCCUAGAAAAGUAUUAAGACUUUUACUAAACAAAAGAAAUGCACCGUCGUUUGACCACGCUCUCUCAACAAUAACUGACACUGCCAAAUUAGACACUGGUGCUGUGCGAAAAGUAUUUACUUCUUCUGGUGUACCGGUUGUUGCGUUAGAAGAUUUCUUCGGUGAAGAUGAUGUGUUUUUUGUGUAUGGAAACGAACGUCUAAGUUCUGACGAUUUUGAGCUGGAAUUUGAAGAACUGAAAGCAAUUCAAGCGCAACGCAAGAGUCUGAGACGAACUGGCGGAGAACUGAAGUCAGGCACUCAUUGCAUCGAUGAAUUGGGUCGAGGAGUGCCAAAGUUACCAAACAAGACAAAGUCUGUUAAAGGAUCCCGUAGACAGGACUCCAACCCCAGCAUUCCAAGCAAGGUGCUCAGCAGGUACUCUGUGGGGCUCAUCAUCGGGGAUGGGAACUUUGCCGUCGUCAGGCGUUGUUUUGACAAAGUGAAGGGUGCAGAGUUAGCGCUUAAGAUCAUUGAUAAGUCUAAGUGUGCCGGGAAGGAGCAUAUGAUCGAUAAUGAGGUGGCCAUCCUCCGCAGUGUCCAACAUCCGAACAUCAUCAGGCUGGUGGCGGAGCAUGACACACCCGCCGAACUGUAUCUCGUCAUGGAACUUGUCAAGGGAGGAGACCUGUUUGACGCUAUAACGAGAGCAGUCAAGUUCCCGGAGAAUGACGCUCGGUUGAUGACUCAGAACCUGGCCUCGGCACUCGCCUACCUCCACGAGCAGAACAUUGUGCACCGGGACAUCAAACCUGAGAAUUUACUGGUUGAGUUUGAGGGAGAGACUGUCCGAACGUUGAAGGUGGGUGACUUCGGCCUGGCGCAGAAGGUGGUGGAACCACUGUUCACGGUUUGUGGCACGCCAACCUACGUGGCUCCUGAAAUACUGACAGAGGUUGGCUACGGCCUCAAGAUUGAUGUGUGGGCAGCAGGAGUGAUCCUGUACAUUCUCCUCUGUGGGUUUCCUCCAUUUGUUAGCCCCAGCAAUGACCAGGAGGAAUUGUUUGAUGAUAUUCUCAGUGGCCAGUACAGCUUCCCUUCGCCCUACUGGGACGACGUGUCCGAGCUUGCUCGGGACCUCAUCAGCCAUGCCUUACAGAGUAACCCCGAGCUCAGGUUCUCUGCUGAGGAUGUCCUUGAUCACCCUUGGUUCGAGUCCAAACUCGAGGAAUGACGAAAAUCUUAACGUCUUUUAGUUGUCUGACAGAAAAUUGUUUGUUUGCUAUUUAUUAUUUUUAUUAGCACAUCUAGUAAAUUUCCUCUCGUAAGACAAGAUGGUGGUAUUUAUUGUAGGUAAGUUUUGGUUAACUUCAUUGUUACAUUUUUUGUUUGUUCUUUUGACGUUGGCUACGGUGUAUAGACAAACCUUAAGACUAACUGAUACAGUAAUAUAAUUUAACAAGAAGUAAUAUAAGACAUUGUGUUCUAUUCACAAUAAAGAAUCAUGUGUUCACACAAGUUAAAGUAAUAUUUUUAUGCAUAAAUCGUAAUACUUUCCCUCUUAUAUCAAAGUAUUUGUAUGUGUAUAUUUAAAUAAAUAAUUGUAAUGAUUGUAUUUUCUCUCAAGAAUGCAACCUCAAAAAAUUAAUUUUUUCAAAUAAAACAAUUUUACAUUAUCGUAUUAGCAUUAAUUAAUCUGCCAUUAUUGCCAUUAUUACACGGCAUGAUUUAUUUGGAGAUGUGAAUUAAUGAUAUAAUUUCUUGAACGGCUUGAAUGUGUUGGUUGGGUUUGAGGGGGACUGUCUGAGCGUUGAAAGUAGGAAACUUUGGCCUGGCGCAGGAGGUGGUAGAACACUUUUCAACGGUUUGAGGCACACCAACUUGCGUGACUCCUGAAAUACUGACGGGGUUGGUUGCAGCCUCAAGGUAACUGAGAUUCUGACUUAGACGAUGUUAUUUUUGUACAUCUGGAUUGAUUAUAUAAACACCAAAACACAACAUAAAGACACUAAUUGCAGGUUGCAGAAAAACGUUCCUCAUAACCAUACAAAGAGGAAACAUGCUUCAAUCAGCAAUUUUUUUUUUAUUUGGUUGAAUGAUUCUUGAGUCAGAUAAAAACAUCCAAAAUACACAAUAAAUCACUAUUUCUUAAACAUCUGCUUGGUGCUGGAGCAUUGUCUGGAGUAAAUCGCGCUUUGCGCCAUACAUACAGGAGAUGCCAGUUAGAAAAUUAAUUAUAUCUUAUUUACGUAUUCAAUUUUCAAUUUUGAAUAUUGGAAAGUCAAAAUAUUUAUUCAGAUGUACAAUCAUAACUCCAUCUAAGUCAAAAUUUCGGUUACCUUGAGGCCAUAGCCGUCAACCUCUGUCAGUAUUUCAGGAGUCACGUAGGUUGGCGUGCCAUAAAAAUUUAACAGCGGUUCCACCACCUUCUGCGCCAGGCCGAAGUCUGCCACCCUCAACGUUUGGACAGUCAUUGUUCCUAAACCAAAGCAAUAAUCUAGAAUAUCAGCUGGUAACGACAUUAUUCAAUACAAGUUUGAAACACAACACAACAUUACAAAAGAUUGCAAUUGCAUGCACUGCCAACAUACGCUCAGCUGUCCAACAAUGCUCAGCUGUUUAUAUAUCUAUCUCGAUUCGUUCUAGAACAGGGGUUACUGAAUUACACUUUAAAACACUAAGUUUCGGAUGUUAUCCUAAUAAUAAUGUACCUAUGUCACAUACUCCUCCUCAAACCCAACCUGCACAUACAAGUCGUUCAAGAAUUCACGUCAUUAAUCCACAUCUCCUAAUAAAUUAUGCCAUGUAUUUAUGGAUACUUAAUGCUAAUACGACACUGGUAAGAAUUUUGUAUAAAAAAUAUACAUUUUUUGAGAUUAAUUACUUGAGAGAAAAUACAAACAUUACAAUACUUUUUUUUAAAUAUACACAUACAAAUACUUUGAAAUCGGAGGGAAAUACUACAAUUAAUGUAUAAAAAUAUUACUUUUUCUAUCUAGUUUGUCGAAAAAUGUCAUAUGACAGCCAUACUUACUCAUUUUGUGAACUGUUCAUCACUCUACAAAGGACUAAGCAUUUAUAAAAUGUACACCAGUAUUUUAUGUGUUAUGUAGCAUCAUAAAAUAAAAAGAAUUAUUUGAUGUAGAAUACUGUUAUUUUUUUCUGUGACGAAUGUAUAAACAUGUACCGAAUGUAGCAAAAAGGUUCUUUUUCAACGGUAAAAACUUUUCAAAUCAUUAUACACAAUCACCAGUAUUGUGUGUGUGUGUGUGUGUGUGUGUGUGUGUGUGUAUAUAUAUAUAUAUAUAUAUAUAUAUAUAUAUACACACACAAUUUAGACUCUCGUACUGGAUGAUGUUUUGUAACUUUAUAAUAUUUUGUGUAAAUUUAAUAAACCAAAUCAACUUUCAGGGGUCUGUUUCAAGUAAACCGAUAUAUUGUAUACCGUUAUAUUUUCUAUGUAAAAAGUUUCACCAAAAUAAUUAUUUCAAAAGUGACUACAACUGUGUAUUUGUUUUCUAAAUCAAGAUUUGUAUAACUUUACUAACCAAAAUGAGGGAUCAAGAUGGGAUCAAUAUCCUUGGAAAUUAUGCUUCUAAUUAUUUCACAGAUAUAGAGUUAAUCACUAUAUAUCACAACACUAAAGUGUUCUUAACUAAUAAUUAUUAAUUUUUUUCAACCACUUAAUGUAUGAGGACUGUCCAGAAAGUAAUUAGACGUUAUGAAGUAAAAUAAUGUAGCCAAAUGAAAAAACCAAAUUUUUAUAUAAAAAUUUGGACUAUUUUAAAGCCUUUUCUACACAAUAUCUAAUCAAAUUAAAGUACUUUUUGUAAUAUUAUUUUUACCUGUUUUAAACUAUUGUAAAUUUACUCUAUAUAAUAUGAGGUUGAGAGGUAGAGAGGGCUUGACAGUCCUAGCUCCACCUCUUUAAAUAAAAACAUUUUAAAAUUUAAUUUAAUUUUUUUUUAUAGUGUCGUCUCCAGUUACAAUAUGAUAUAUUAUUCUAUUUCUUCAUCAAUUUGAUGGUAAAUGUAUACUGUAGUAUGUACACUAAUAAAUAGUCAAUCAUUGUUCCUCUUUCUUCAUAAAUUUUAUGAUAAAUUUGUACUGUAGUGCAGGGGAAUUUACACCAAUAAAUAGAUCUAAAUCUUUCAAGGCUGAUAAUAAUCAUUUAUCAUAAUGCUUUGAUUAAAAUACUGACAUUCUGUCUAGGGUGAAUAUUGCUGACUGACAAGCUUUAUUUAGAAAACAUAGUCCUAAUUCUGAAUACUUUGUUUCUAACAUUGCAAAUUACACAAUAAUUUUCCACAUUUAAAUACUCCCUUUUCAACUGGACCAUGAAUCUUGGCUCUACAGAUUCUGAUGAAUAAGAAAGCACAGAGACAACCACCACAAAAUUUUGCAACCAUGAAACUUUACAUCCACUAUGAACUUUUGUCACCACAAAACUUAACAACCACUAUGAACUUUGGCCGCCACGAAACUUGACUCCUGAGAAUUGUUGCCACCACAAAACUUACCUACCACGAACACAUCUAAACAACUCCAAACUAAUUUGCUUUAAACCAAGCCAAUAAUUUACAACAAAUUAAAAUUCCUUCACCAGAUGGUUUGUUGUGCAAGUAUACAAAUUAUAAUUUAAUAAACCAAAUAAAAUUUUACGGGUCUGUUUCAAUUAAACCGAUUAUUUGCGUCAUGCUUCAUGAGGCGGUUUAAGCAUAUGCAACUUCACUACUGGUUUUAAUUUUAUAAAAAACAUAUGUAUGAACUGGAUUACUUUUAUCAUUUACUGUACAAUAUAUAGAAGAGAAGGUGGUUCCUGCUCUGUGCACCAUCAUGAUAGGCUAAGAUGUACGUUACUUUCUAGACAGUCCUCAUAUUAAAGAUUCUGUUUGGGCAACAUAUAGUCUACACAGCAGAUCUGUUAUGUAUGCGUAUCUCAUAAAAGCAAUUUGUCUGGAAGAAAAUCUGUAAUUUUUUAAAAUUUAUUGUUAUGGUAAAGAAUACAGAGUUACUAAAAAACCACUUAAUAAUUUUUGUUGAGACAAUUUUGUUGUUUAGUAGUUAACAUGUUAUUUGUUUGCAUACUAUUUAACAUGUUUGUUUCCUAAAUACUAUUGUGAAUUGUGAACAUUUAUAUUUAUAAUCAUUUUAAAAAUAAAAUAAGAUGUGUUCUAUGUUUGUAAAGAGUUAAACUUAAAUUAUGUACUUUUACUCCACUAGUUUAAAGAUAGUUAUUUAUUAAGUAACAUUAUGGGAAUGUUCGCAAAACUUUGCAUAACUUAAAGCCAUAUUAAAAUGGUGUGUUUUAACUCAUAUAUGUUCUAAUAUUGAAUAUGGAAUUGACAUGAUUUUUGAUUGCGUUACAUAGUAUAAAAAAUGUGUUAAAUAUCAAAUUUGUUUUAGAGACAUAAAAUAUGAAUCCACUUUUUGACAUGACAAGCUGUAGAAAAGUCACGGAUGUUUCUAUCUUGUCAGCACUCUUAGGAUGUAUGUUCAGUUGUGAACAUCCUUGACAAAAUGUGAACAUUAAACAUUUGAAAUGUUAACCAACUAUUGCAGGGUUUAGGUUUUCAACCAAUGCCACUUUUAAUCCUCAGCACUAGCAAUGAGGGUUUCUUCUCUACGGUAUUCCCUCAUUGCCAUUUCUCAACGAUUAAUGAAUGUGCCUCAGGGAACACGUGUUGGCACUACUCACAACACAUUUUUCUUUUUUUUGAGAAUUCACAAUCCCCAUUUGCUAGAUUAGUCACUAAAAAAUUUCUUGCAUUUGCAAAGGUACUCUACCGAAUGACGUAAAAUGUGUACUGAAUUCAUUUUAAUUAAGAUAAUCAUUUCAUAAUGACUUCUUUUAACUUUUUAAACAAGUUUAGUCUUUUAGUAGGUCAUAUAGUUUUUGAAGAGAAAAAUGUACAAGUACCAAUUCUCUAAACAGUACUCCGUUAUUUCUACUUGAUAAAAUAUACUAUAUUUACAAAAUAUGAAAAUACUGAAUUGUGUGUGUAUUUUGUUACUAAGUUUUUAUUUUAAGUUAUGGAUUUGUGUUUUGGAAUCAACUAGCAUCAAAAUAUCUAUGAAAGUAGGAAAGAUAUUUGGUUUUUAAGGUUAUUUGGUGCUGUAGAACAACGGAACUCUGCUAGAUUUGCAAUGUUUGGUUUUCAGUACGGUAACUUGUGUUUUCUUGUAGAUAGAGAGUAUAAAGAAAGCGGAGAUAUUCAGGCACUAUUCGUUCAAUACCAAAUGCCAGCUUUAAUAUUACUGUAAGUAUGUGGCUAAUUUAUUUUUUUUAGGAUGUUUCCUAAAAAAGUAGGCUUCCAAAAAUGUGUAGUAUUUUUGUAUUGAGUGCUAUUAGAUUUAAGGCCAUUAGAGUUUAGCACCAAGUCGGUAGAUCUGUACAUAAACAUUACAUUUUUGUAUCCAUGCAUAUUUUACACGUUGCAAUAUUAUAGUUCUAGCCUUUAGUUUUUUCGUUUAACCAAUCAAUGUUUUUUAUAAUUUUAUUUUUAUAGAACUAAGCAAAGGUAGUACAAAUGAAAAUAAAGGGCUUUUUGAACAUUAUCAGCUUGAAGCAUUAAGAUUGAAUAGUAAAAUUAAUGUUUGGUGAAAACAAACUGAAAAUGUUGACUUAUGUGUAAUCUAAUUGUAAAAUCUUAGUUUUAUAAUCUUCAUAAAAGAGAAGGUUUUAAACACAUGGUGGUGUUUAGUGAUGGAAUUCUCUCCCUGACAAAAUAAGGAAACGUUUUCUAUACUUGCAUGUGACUAAACAUAAAUUAUUGAAAUAAAAAAUGGUUUUCAUUACUUAUUUAAAAUUAUUUAAUGAUACAUUAUUUACAUAAUAAUAAACAGAUUCUGGAUACACAAGUAAGAUAUGUCUUUAAACUGACUUUCUGUAUCAUGGAUUAAAUAUAAUCCACAUUGUUGUAAUUGUGAUGGUUAGGCUGCACAGGAGAUAAGGUGUCAAAGAUAUUGGUAACUCUAACGUAUUCUUGUAUGUGACAUUUUCUUUGGACUGGCAAACUUACAGAAUGGCAUUACAGUGGAUCCACAAUAUUGACAAGUAUAACAAUAUUUAAUUCACCUCUAGUCAAAAAAAAAAAAUUUUUUAUAGCAGUUUGCAUUGUGCGAUUUGCAUUUACCACUCAAACUACUAGUUUUAAAUCGGACUUAUUAAGGUUCAGUCUAUAGUUGUUAACAUUAAUGAAAUUAUAAAUGUAUUUUUUUCUUGAACAUUGUGUUCUCACCAACAAGUCAUGUUAACUUAAUUAUACUAUAAUUGUAAUAUUUUGUACUUAAUAAAUUCAAUUCAAUAUCUUUAUAAA